AUGGCAGAUGCAUUUGUGGAUAUUUCAGAUUUCCAGUUCCGGGCACUUCAACGUGUAAGAGUAUUCGAUAAGCCCGAUAUAGCAUUGUACGACAGUAUAUGUCCGUCCUGGAUUACUGUUUCAUCGCGAUAUGGGAUUAUUGUUUGUGCUUCUGGCUGUGAUAAGUUAAUAUCUUUAAGAAGCAGUGAUGUUUACCGGUUAAAAAGUGGAGCUGAUAUCAAUGUAGAAGUGACCGAUAUUCAGAUGAAAGUAACAAAUCUCCGAGUUGAACAGCUUAUUGCACUGACUGCACUAGCCUGUAACUGCUCAGGUCGCCUGUUAUCGGUCUCAGUGCGAACAGCACUUGGAGCAUUCGUAUAUCUCUAUGAUAUAUGUGCAUUUGCUGUUGAUUAUGUUGAGCAGAGAGGAGCUCUUUAUAAUUUGCGACUUUCUGCUGAUCCAAAUGCUCAACCUUGUGUCUUAAAAUGGAAUCCACAACAGGACACUGUAUUUGCUGUUGCUACGUCCGAUGGCGUGUUAUCCUGUUAUUCUUUUGAUAUUGAGAAAUCGUCUUCGAUAACCUUGAUUGGCACAGUUAAACAUGAUAAUGUUGUAACUUGUAUAGGGUGGAGUCCAAAAGGGAAGCAGUUGGUCGUAGGCGAUACGUCGGGUUAUAUAAAGCAGUAUAAACCUGAAAUGGCAUUGGUGCGCGUGAUACCACCUCCUUUAAAAGACAAAAACCAUGCUCUUCGUUGCGUCGGAAUCAGUUGGCUUGCAACUACCGACUUUCUCAUUGCUUAUUCUCCCAAGACAGCACAGGAAGUGGAUAUAACAAAGUUAUGUGUGAAAAAGGAUGCACCACCUCAAUGGACACAUUUCGAUGAUAUUAACUUCUGUGGCGAUAAAAGCAUUUUCGAUCAGCGAAUUGAAUUUACACAACUGUUGAGUUGGAAAUUGGUAUUGUGCUCUUCGUCACGAUCCAGUGAGAUAGUAGUAAUAGGUAAAAUAGGCUCUGAAUGGAAGAUCUGGACUUUGGAUGAUAAUGGACGAAUUGAAAUGCCUCUUGACUGUGAACAUCGUGAAACCUUUCCAAUUGGUGUUUCUAUCGACAUAUCAUCAGUCCUUCCUAUCAAGAUUGGUAAUGACGACAAUGCGGAACGUCCUCCUUGUCCUACAGUUUUGGUGUUAUCGUCUCAAGGAGUUCUUCUUGCUUUCAACGCAUUAUCUUCUCGUGCCGAACACCAAAACAUUAAUAUACAUCCAGAAGGUUUGCCGUCAGAAAUUUACGGGACGAUAGCAGCAAAGGUUGACGUAAUGCAGAGUGAGUAUUCAUGUACUAGUUCGCCAGAUACAAUAUGUCAAACUAUUCCAGUCCCUGAAGAUUCGCGAGGCUCUGAAAGUAUAUCCAUUCCAAAACAGAAUGUUUCCCAGCUGCAAGUGGAAGCAAAGGUAAAUACGCCGCAGACUGCACAGGCAACAACAAUGUCAAAAUUACAUGAACAUGAAUUACAUGAAAAACCUUCUAGUGAAGUACAAGAUUCAGCAGUUCCACAGCGAGAGAUGCAGGAACAUCUACAACACCAGCGGUUGAAAGCAGGGAUCCAUCUGAUCACAGAAUUACGGGAAGAUUUUCGAAAAAAACUUACCGUUUUUGAUCAACAGUUCUUCGAAUUUUGUGAACAAAAUGAUUGGCUUCAAAAUCUGAAAAAAAGCUUUGCAAAACAGAUGGAAUGGAAUAAUGGCAUCAAUUUGGAUGAUGAAAUAUCAGAGUUGGAGAAAGUUCGAACUGUUGUUGCAUCAUGGCUUGACACUUUAGAGAAUCAAAUGAAAGAGAGUAUGUGUUCAGCUGAAGAGCAGUUGGGACUUGCGAAUAGUACCGAUCGAGAACUGUUUGACAGUAGACGGAUGUUAGAUUUCAACAAUAUGCAUCGUUUUGAUAAAUUGACGGGAGCCCUGACAAAACUAGAACAGAAAAUUGCGAGUGCUGAAAAUGUAUUGACAGAAAUGCCAACAUGUAAUACAAAAAACAGAUCACUUUUAACUUUGGAUAUUGAUCAAGAACAACAGAUUACUACGACUGCAAAGAAUAUCUGCAAAGGAAUGGUCACACGACGGAAAGCUUUAUGUGAAUUGCAACAACGGGUUACAAGUUUGAGUAGUCGAUUAAAACCAUUGAAAAAAGACCGAAGAAUGAGUAAAUUUUUCACUUCAACGGGGUCAUCUCUUUCAAAUUUAUCAUUCAAUUAUCAGACUUGCAGAGAAGAAUUAACAGCAAGAACAGCAACUGUUACUGCUCAACAACAAAGUGAACUGUUGAAAUUUUUGACGCAACGUGGUCCUGUAAAAAAGUCAGAAGCAAAAAUUGUUGUGCUUGAUGUCCAUUCACAUGAAGCUGAUGAGGGAAUAUCGAAUUUAACUAUAACAGAUAUUGAAAAUCGUUUGCUUGACGCAGCAUUAAUGCCAAUAAAAACACCUGCAAAACGCGUUAUGGAUAUUGGAACGCAAUCACCCAAUUAUUUACUUUCUAAAGAGAUGAAAUCGCCUAGAGAUGUGACAGCUUCUAUUCCUGUAAGCUUUAUGUCCAGUGGAACCGAUCCUCUAACAGUUCAGUUCAACCAGACACAAAAGCUGGCUGAAUCAGCAGCUAUUAAUUCAUCGACGACUCUACCUUCUUUCAUGAAUUUGAGCAGUUCUACUACAACUGUGCCAACCGCUUCCAUCUCUCUUGCCACGGACACAGUUGUUAAACAGCUUCCUGAGUCAUCCACGAAUGUUCCAGAAACAAUGGCGAUGAAUCAAGAGCAGCAGCAUGGUGAUAUUACAUUUUCGUUUAAAAAUUUGGACACUCCAUCAGCAGCAAGGAAUGACGUUUCUUCUCAAGGAACCGCAUCUUGCACUAACAUUACACCGAGCAGACGUGAUAAGACUUCUACUGCAACACAGAAAAUUUUUUCAAUGAAAAACAAUGGAACUGACUUAGGAUCAUUUGUACCUGCUACAACGUCGGAAUCAUUGACAAAUAUUUCUGUGACCGCAGCUCCAGGUCUAACAACAAUCACCAAAGCUGAUAAAACUUCAACACAAAACUCCGAAAUUUCAAGGACGAGCAAUGAAGUGGCAGUAACAGAUUCGACUACCUCAAUGACGAAUUCCAAAACAUCAGGUUCCGAAACGAAUGUAUCUUUUACCUUCAAGGUACCAGUAGCAGGAAAUCAGCAGACAACAUCUGCUCCAAUUGGCUCAACAGGUGAUGGUGCCGCAAGCACAACAACUGUAGAGCUGCAAUCAAAAGAUUUGGAUGUUAUAGGUGACGAUGGGAUGAUGGAAGCAGAGGGUACUUCAACUGCUCCGACAACGUUGUUCUCAUCAUCGUUAUCCUUUGGUAUGGGAAGUACAGUAUCCAAUGCCAAUUCUUCACAAAACGUUUUUGGCUCUGGACUCAAAUUUUUGCCAUCCACACAAACUCAGACAUCCUCAUUGUUUGGUAGUGCUGGUGCUGGAAAGAAGAGCACCUCAGUGUUUGAUUCUGGUGGCUCAGCAACGUCUUUUGGUAGUGGCGGACUGUUCAGCCAAACACAGCAGUCGAAUGCAGCACCGUCAACGUUUUCGUUUAGUUCAGCGCCCAAUUCGUUUAAUUCCUCAAGUCUUUUUGGGUCAAAGUCAUCGACUGGUAGUACUACGUUUGGCGGUGCACCGUCGUUUGGUUCGAAACCAGCAUUCGGAUCUCCAUCACCCCUUGUUUCAGCAUUUGGUCAACAACGUUCUCAAAAUGCUGCUUCUAUAACUACUGGGUUUUCUAACUUUGCCAAAACCAGUACUGUUGGAUUUGGUUCGUUGGCUGCAAGCCAGCAACAGCAGUCAUCUUCUGUAUUUGGUGGAAGUGGAUUUGGUGCUCUAGCGCAGCAACCUCAAAAAAGUUCAAUCUUUGGGGGCGGCCUAAAUUCGUCUGUAACUAACAGUUCAUCGUUUUCUACGUGGCGUUAG